UCAGAGCACACUGAUCGGCCUUUUUACAGCCAGACCUGUGUGCAGCAAGGAGCGAAGACCCUCAGUGUCCCCUUCCUUACCCAGGUUCCUCACAGAAUGGAUUCCCAGCGGGAGCUUGCAGAGGAACUCCGGCUUUACCAAUCCACCCUUCUUCAGGAUGGUCUAAAAGAUCUCCUGGAAGAGAAAAAAUUCAUCGACUGCACCCUAAAAGCAGGUGACAAAAGUCUUCCUUGCCACAGACUGAUAUUGUCUGCUUGUAGUCCUUACUUCCGUGAGUAUUUUUUAUCUGAAAUUGAAGAGGAGAAAAAAAAGGAGGUAGUGCUAGAUAAUGUGGAUCCUGCUAUACUUGAUUUGAUCAUCAAAUACCUGUACUCCGCCAGUAUCGAUCUCAAUGAUGGAAACGUGCAAGACAUCUUCGCCCUGUCCAGCCGCUUCCAGAUCCCCUCAGUCUUCACCGUCUGUGUGUCUUACCUUCAGAAGAGACUGGCUCCCGGUAACUGCCUGGCCAUCCUAAGAUUGGGGCUGCUUCUUGACUGCCCCAGACUGGCCAUUUCUGCCCGGGAGUUUGUGUCAGAUCGCUUUGUGCAGAUUUGUAAGGAAGAAGACUUCAUGCAGCUAUCUCUGCAGGAACUGAUCUCGGUCAUUUCAAAUGACAGUCUCAACGUAGAAAAGGAGGAGGUAGUAUUUGAGGCGGUGAUGAAAUGGGUGCGGACAGACAAAGAAAACAGGGCGAAAAAUCUUAGUGAAGUGUUUGAUUGUAUUCGUUUCCGCCUUAUGGCAGAAAAAUACUUCAAAGAUCAUGUCGAGAAAGAUGACAUAAUUAAAAGCAACCCAGAAGUCCAGAAAAAAAUCAAAGUUCUAAAAGACGCUUUUGCAGGCAAACUCCCGGAACCUAGCAAAAGCGCAGAGAAGGCAGGGGCAGAGGGGGUGAAUGGUGAUGUUGGUGAUGAAGACUUACUUCCUGGUUACCUGAAUGAUAUUCCCAGACAUGGAAUGUUUGUUAAAGAUCUCAUCCUCAUGGUCAAUGACACAGCUGCAGUGGCUUACGACCCCAUGGAAAAUGAAUGUUACCUUACUGCCCUGGCAGAGCAGAUCCCCAGAAAUCAUUCCAGUAUCGUUACCCAGCAGAAUCAGAUCUAUGUGGUCGGAGGACUGUAUGUGGAUGAAGACAAUAAAGACCAACCCCUCCAGUCUUACUUCUUCCAGCUUGAUAGCAUAACAUCUGAGUGGGUCGGGCUCCCACCUCUACCAUCAGCCAGGUGUCUCUUUGGUCUGGGAGAGGUGGAUGACAAAAUCUAUGUGGUUGCUGGCAAAGACCUUCAAACAGAGGCUUCGCUAGAUUCCGUCUUAUGCUAUGAUCCUGUGGCUGCGAAAUGGAGUGAAGUGAAAACUCUUCCUAUUAAAGUUUAUGGCCACAGUGUGAUUUCACAUAAUGGAAUGAUAUACUGUCUAGGCGGAAAGACGGAUGACAAAAAGUGUACCAACAGAAUGUUUAUCUACAACCCGAAAAAGGGAGACUGGAAAGACCUAGCUCCAAUGAAAACCCCUCGAUCCAUGUUUGGAGUGGCAAUCCAUAAAGGCAAAAUUGUCAUCGUGGGAGGUGUCACUGAAGAUGGUCUUUCAGCAUCCGUUGAAGCUUUCGACCUCAAGACCAAUAAGUGGGAAGUGAUGACUGAAUUUCCCCAAGAGAGAAGCUCCAUCAGCCUGGUCAGCCUAGCAGGGUCGCUGUAUGCCAUCGGCGGUUUUGCAAUGAUUCAACUGGAGUCAAAAGAGUUUUCACCCACUGAAGUCAAUGACAUAUGGAAGUAUGAAGAUGAUAAAAAAGAAUGGGCUGGGAUGUUGAAGGAAAUACGUUAUGCUUCGGGAGCUAGUUGCCUAGCAACACGCUUAAAUCUGUUCAAACUGUCUAAACUAUAAACAAGAUGACAAAAAAACAAUAGUUUGAGAGGUGGCUUGUUGGGACAAGAGGGCUAUAAUUUAUUGUCUGUCUUUAAGCCUGUACAAUGAUUCAUGCAGGGUUA